GCGCUCCCGGCGCCGGGGGCGGUGCUCUCGCCACGUCUGUGGGAGUGUCCGAGAAGAUGGCGGCCGCCGGUGAAGGGCGCUCCGCGGCGGGCCGCGCGCUCUGCCUCGUCCUUCUGUGCGGCUGGGCUCUGGCGGCCCGCGGCCUGCAGGCCUCCGGUUCUGUGAGAGCAGAGAUGGUUCAAAAUAUUUCUUCUGGAAAUGAGAACGAAACACUAAGCAGCUCCCAUAAUUUGACAGACAGCUGGCAGAGUAUAACCCCAACAAAAAAAGGGACAAGCCCAACAACAGCUAAAAUCAGUUCUGUGACCGCAGGAAAACCAUCUACAGCAAAAGAUGAUUCUCCACCAUCUGUUGUUUCUCGUGUGGUGACUGCUAGUCCUGUAUCUCAGAUGGAUGUUGAUGCUUCUGAAGAUACUAAAAUUGAGGAGGAGGAUCUCCUAACAGAUCUGAAAGACGCACUGAAUAGUUCACCACCCAUAGAAAAAGAAAUUCUGGAUUCAGAUGGAGAUGACUAUGAUACUUUUGAAAUGACAUCGAAUUCCAGGUACAACCCAGACCUCCUCGAAAUGCCUGAAGAUGAUGACUCUGACACCAUUAAUAACUACAAUGAGGAGAUCAAGUCACUGGAUGAAAAGAUAAAAUACGUUUCUGUCUCAGGGUUGGAAGAAGAAGAAGACAGCCAUUUCUUUUUUCAUCUGGUUGUAGUUGCCUUCUUAGUAGCUGUUGUUUAUGUCACCUAUCACAAUAAGAGGAAGAUCUUCUUAUUGGUCCAGAGCCGAAGAUGGAGGGAUGGCCUGUGCUCCAGAACAGUAGAAUAUCAUCGUUUAGAUCAAAACGUUAACGAAGCAAUGCCUUCUCUGAAAAUAACUAAUGACUACGUAUUUUGAAAGCACUGUGAUUUGAGUUUGCUGAACUUAUCACUCUUUGCCUGCCUAGUCAUGUAAUGAUAUUCAGGUAUUCUAACCAUGCCACUUGUACUGAAGUGAGAGGUAGUCUCUCUGACCUGGCUGUUUUUGAGAUUAAAUCUCAUGCAGGAUCAAGGGCACAACGCAUCUGUUUGCUACUUUGGUCAGAUUUUAGAUCAGCUAUAAAGAUACAUUUUAAUAAUUAGUGCUGUUUCCAUUCGUUAAGCUUCUUCAUUUCUGCCUGGAGCAGUCUUAAUACCAAUCAAAAAAAAAAAAAGGCAUAUAAUAUUUUAGGUCUAAUAAAUGAACGAGUUUGGCAUCACUAAAUCAAAUUAAUAUCUCUUUGCUAAUCACUUAUAUGGCUCAUAAAUCCUGCUAUAUUGCAAACUUAAAAUAUAAUUACUUUUUCCCGUGCUCAAAUUCUGAUGCUGCAGAUCUCUCACCUUGUCUUCUUUGGUUCUGUUUUUGCUUUGCACAGCUCGAUCCUAUUCUAAGCAGAAUAGCCAGCAUGACAGCUUCAUAAUUUCCAUAUGUGUUCAUGCAGCGAAUCAUUUAAAAAUAAUUAUGUAGAAAGCAUUUCAUUUCAGACGUUACGUACUGCCUAUUUCUUCCAAACGUUCAUGGGCUGUGAGAAGGUGUGCAGCUUCCUGACUGUCCACUUUUUUUUCCUCGAAUGAUAUUUACGACUAUUCCAUUUACUUUGGAAAUUAAUGAAUGGAAAACGAGCCUCGUCGAAUAAACUUCACUAAACGUAGGGGUAGUUGACAGGCUGCCAAUGCAGCAAAGCCUUCUGUUGAAUUUUAAAUACGUUGGGGAAGAGGUGUGUGGAUUGGUCUGUUAUCAACAGGAGCGGCCUGAGAGAGUAAGAACACUUUAUUUUGUUGUUAUUCUGACCCAGGUAACAGGCAGAUGAAGUAGCAGUGUGUGGGACUGCCGCUCUGCGGACAGCAACUCCGCUAUUCACACGGCAGUGUAAAGCAAGUUACCGGCACGGUAGGGUGGUGGUUUGUUUCAUUUAAAACCUUGUCUUUUCUACUCCCAUUAUUUAUGUUUUCAUGAGUUGUAAAAUAUAAAAUCGUAGUUUUCUGUACAUUCUGUUUGUGAUUUCGUUUUCAAACUGAUAAAUAUGUAAAUAAUGACAGAGCGGAACCCCGGAAUUAAUGACUUGGUAUUCAAGUAGUGAUGUACCAUGUUGGGAAAAAAAAAAAAAAUCAAAAAUGUCCAGCUGUGGGAGGAAUCCAAAGGCAUCGUGCUGCCUUAGCAGUGAAGUGCGAAAAAUCCUAAAUCCUGCUGUUAAAUGCUUUGUUUUCAUAACCACAAGAAAGUAAAGCACAAACGAAAUACUCCCAAACUCUUUUCUUGCAGUAAUUUUUAUCGUAUUUGGACUUGUAUCACUUAGUAUUUUGAAUAAGGUUUUUAAAAUAAAUGACAGUAAUAAGC